GGGUGUUUAAACAUCACCUAAUAUUCCCCAUUCAAGAAAAAAUUUCGGCCAUUGAACGAGCUUUAUCAAAAGCUAUCUCAUCUCUUUUUUCUGUUCUAUAAAAAGCCUCUUGAACAUCCCACUAUUUUUUUUCCAGUACCCCAAACUGUUGGCUGCCUUUAAUAUGGAACCUGUAAAAUCUAAGAACUCUGUUGUGGAGGUUGGGCCCAAUAUUUCUAAAAGUAAAACUACUGAGUUUUACGACUUGGAGAAAAAUGCAGUAAUAGAGGCAGACCAGCAGUCUAACGAAUACGCAACUUCGGGUGACGACAACCCAAAACGAGGCAGCUGGGCGUGGUUUAUAUCCAAGGUCCCCUACCGAAAAGUGUUAGUGCAUGUAUUUCUUGGAAUGUUUUUCACCGCCUGGUGGUUGUCGAUUGUCAUUCAGAAAAAGCACAGGCACCAAUGGUUGAUUCCAACUAUUUUAUGGGGGUGCAUUAUGGUUCGGUUGAUCACCUUGUACUGGAGAGUUCUUCACCAGUUGUUACACAUUGUAUCGUAUCCUUGGAACUAUUGUACCGAUUUAAUCUACAAGGUGCUUCCUAAAAGAACCCAUAGAUUGUUGGUAGGAGGAAGCAUCACUAUUGCAGUGAUGUUGGUGGGUUCGUUUGUACCUACUGAAACCCCAUACUCCAAGAGAGAGGACAGAGCUGUGUCUUUCUUUGGGGUUAUUGUUGCUCUUGUGGGCUUGUGGGCUACUUCAAGAAACAGGUCCAAAAUCAAUUGGAAUACUGUCAUUGGAGGAACCUUGAUGCAGUUCAUUGUUGCAUUGUUCGUGUUGAGAACUAAGGCUGGGUAUGAUAUUUUCAACUUCAUCUCGUUGUUGGCCAGAUUAUUGUUGGGAUUCGCUAAGGAUGGUGUUGCGUUCUUGACCGAUUCUGACACCUCUGAAUUAGGCUGGUUUUUCUUCUCGGUGAUUCCAGCGGUGGUGUUCUUUGUGGCAUUUGUGCAUAUUUGGUUCUACUUUGGUGUGAUUCAAUGGGCCAUCGGCAAAUUCGCUUACUUUUUCUUCUGGUCUUUAAAAGUGUCCGGUGCCGAGGCUAUAGCGACGGCUGCUUCUCCUUUUAUUGGUCAGGGUGAAUCGGCUAUCUUGGUCAAGGACUUUUUGCCAUACUUGACUAAGGCCGAGUUGCACCAGGUUAUGUGUUCAGGUUUUGCAACCAUUUCUGGGUCGGUUUUAGUUGGUUAUAUUGGUUUGGGUUUGAAUGCCCAGGCCAUGGUGUCUUCUUGUGUAAUGUCCAUUCCUUGUUCCUUGGCUGUAUCUAAAUUGAGAUACCCGGAAGAAGAAGAGCCUUUGACGGCGGGAAAGAUUGUCUUCCCCAAAAAAGAGGAAGGUGAAGAUUCACCCAAGAACGUAUUACACGCAUACAGUAUAGGAGCUAGUUUGGGAUUGAGAAUUGGUGGAACUUUAAUGGUCCAAUGUAUGUGUGUCAUCGCAUUAGUUGCAUUAAUCAAUGGAUUAUUGACCUGGUUUGGUAACUUCUGGAACAUUCACGAAUUGACCUUGGAGUUGAUGUUAUCGUACAUUUUGUAUCCGGUGGGUUUCCUCUUGGGAACUCCAAGAAACGAGAUAUUGGCAGUAUCCAAAUUAAUUGGCACUAAAACCAUUCAAAAUGAGUUUGUGGCCUACAGCAUGUUGAUCAACGACGCUCCUUACAAUAAGUUGUCCGACAGAGGAACUUUGAUUGCCACGUAUGCUCUUUGUGGAUUCUCCAACCUUGGUUCCGUUGGUAUUAACAUCGGGGUCUUGAGUGCUUUGUGUCCUACUCGGGUUAAGGAUAUUACAGGUACAAUUGCGUCUGCUUUCUUCGCAGGUGCCAUUGCCACCUUGAUUUCGGCCGCUAUUGCUGGUAUGGUCAUCCAUGACUUGGGAGGAUUCAUCUCUCGAAGUUAGUGUGUUUCAUAGCUUCUUUUUAUGUUGUAGCGUAUGGUGUUUAAUAUAGAGAAAGUAUUUUCGCA